AUUGUAAUCCAGCCUCUCCAUCACUCCUGGCUUGGCUGCUCAGUCCACUGUUGGUCUGGUCUGGUUUGGAGCAGCUUGGAAGAUGGCUCUCAACAUACAGCGUUUCCUCUUGGCCCUGUUUCUUCUGGGAAGUCAUGUGUUCGUCAGCAUUCAUUCCCAGACAGGUGUGUCUGAGGCAUGGACAAAGUCUUGCAAAUGCGACUGUGAAGGGGUUGAAUCCCCAACUGAAGAGCCGGCCUCUGGGAGGUCCAGCUCCUCCAUGGUGCAAGGCCUGGGCUGCAUGCCAGAAUGUCCGUACCACAAACCUCUGGGCUUUGAGGCCGGAUCAGUGAAUCCAGAUCAGAUCACCUGUUCCAACCAGGACCAGUACACCGGUUGGUUUUCCUCGUGGCUCCCAAAUAAGGCCAGACUCAACAGCCAGGGUUUUGGCUGUGCCUGGCUGUCCAAAUUCCAGGACAACAGUCAGUGGCUGCAGAUUGAUCUUAGAGAGGUGAUGGUGGUGUCAGGGAUCCUCACUCAGGGCCGCUGUGACGCCGACGAGUGGGUCACCAAGUACAGCGUUCAGUAUCGCACAGAUGAAAACCUCAACUGGAUCUAUUACAAAGACCAGACUGGAAACAACAGGGUGUUUUAUGGAAACUCAGACCGCUCCUCGUCGGUGCAGAACCUCCUGCGGCCACCCAUCGUGGCCCGCUUCAUCCGUAUCCUCCCCCUUGGGUGGCACACUCGCAUUGCUCUGCGUGUGGAGCUGCUGCUUUGCAUGAACAAAUGCAUUUGAAUUUCCGCUCCUAUCGUUUUUCAGGGCCCAUCCUAAAACAUAGUUUUUACCCAAAGCCCAUCUAUCGUCUUGGGUCUGCCCAGUAUAUCCACAGAUUUGCCCUCUUAUAGCUUCAUAUACAAAACCACAAUUUAGGAAAAAUAUUCCAUAAACCUUGAUUCAAUCCAAAUACUGUAUGUGUUUGAUAUGCUAAGGAAGCUCAGUGAGCUUCCAUUCAUUGCACUCUCCAUUGUCUGCAUUAAACCAAUCUCACUGAGGGCUUUAAUUUCACAAGUUCUCAAUAGAUUGUUCCUUUUGCAAUGAAAUGGCAUAAAUUCAAAGCAAUAAUUAGGCGGCGUUGCUAUGGAGGUUGUAGCCACAGGUCUGGGACAAGCUCUUCCUAAACACUGGUGGGUGUCUGUGACAGGUCCAUGAGGAAUUUACAAUUCUGUCAGCCAGAAUCCUCUCAGCCAGUGUUGCCUUUUUUAACUUUAAAGGAUAUUCUGGUGAUAAGAGUCUUUGUUUUAUUUGCUUUCUUGUGGCAAGAUUGUGACAGUUUAUUCUCCUACUGUGGUUCUAAAACAUAUAUAUCAUAUACACUGUAUACAUAUCCUGCUGUUUUAGUCACUGGCCCAUAAAGGGUUACACAAGACAAUGUCACAGCUAUAAGGUUUUGACCAAAGGACUAAAAACACUUUUAGUUAAUAAUGCAGAUCUUUUCUUUAAAUGCCCUCCUAGGUUUUUCCUAGUUGUUUCAUAGCUUUUGCCUUAGGCUCUCUAUAUUUCUUCUAUUGUAUGCUACAAAGAUUGAAUAAUGAAAAUGUUGUGUAGUUUUAUUUUGUCAAUUGUCAACUCCUGAUAUUUAAAAUUUAUUUUCCCCUAAUGCUUUGGUACUUUUGACCAUUUUUACCACAUCUUUAUUAACUCUGAACUUGUGUUCUUUAUUGUAUGUUUUAUCUUCCUUCAUUAAAAUGAUGUAACAAACGUA